AUGCUGGCCUCACCCAACGCCAUCCCUCCGCGAACCUCCUCCUCCGGCCUUCACAGCUACGCCAGCUCUCUCUCCUACACGACACCACGUCCCAUCCUCAAGCCCGUCGCGGAAGCAGACUGGCUCGCACAAAAACAGGCACAGGCCGAGGUGGCCGAGCUCAAGAGGCGACGCAAUUCUCCUGACGGUCUCGCCCAGAAACCUCACCACAGGCAUCACUCGUCCUCCUUUGGCGCCUCCCCCAGCGCCGAGGCCUACUACCACUCUCCAACCAUGCACCCCAUCCAGCCGGCGACCUCGGCGCCUCCGCCGCCUGAUCCCACUCGCUAUAUGGACCACGACCUCGACUUCCGCCCAGAGCGUUCCUGGAACGCCGACAAGGAGCGCAUCGUAAGGGGCCCCUUUGACUAUGUCAUCUCCCAUCCCGGCAAGGACUUUCGCUCCCAGCUCAUCGGCUCCUUCAACGCCUGGCUCGACGUCCCGGCCCCCAGCCUCGCCAUCAUCACCCGCGUCGUCGGCAUGCUCCACGAGUCCAGUCUGCUCGUCGACGACGUCCAGGACAACUCGGAACUGCGCCGCGGUUUCCCCGUGGCGCACAACAUCUUUGGCGUCGCUCAGACCAUCAACUCGGCCAACUACAUCUACUUUGCCGCCCUGCAGGAGCUGCAGCAGCUCCAGAACCCCAACGCCAUCGCCAUGUUCGCCGAGGAGCUGGUCAACCUGCACAGAGGCCAGGGCAUGGAUCUCUUCUGGCGCGACACCCUCACGUGCCCCACUGAGGAGGACUAUCUCGAGAUGGUCGGCAACAAGACGGGCGGCCUGUUCCGUCUCGGCAUCAAGCUCAUGCAGGCCGAGUCCGGCACCGACAUUGACUGCUCCCACCUCGUCAACCUCAUCGGCCUCAUCUUCCAGAUCCGCGACGACUACAUGAACCUGUCCUCCCAGGAGUACUCCAACAACAAGGGCAUGUGCGAGGACCUCACCGAGGGCAAGUUCUCCUUCCCCGUCAUCCACGCCGUCCGCGCCGACCCGACAAACCUCCAGCUCAUCAACAUCCUCAAGCAAAAGACCACCGAUCUCCAGGUCAAGCGCUACGCCGUGCAGUACAUGGAGAACAUGGGCAGCUUUGAGUACACGCGCAAAGUGCUUACUGUCUUGAUUGAACGCGCGCGAAAGACCGCCGAGCAGAUUGACGCUGGCUCCGGUCGCAUGGCCGGCAUACAAAAGAUUUUGAACAAGAUGGUCGUUGAGUAA